GAAUCGGCGGAGGAGAGCUCGGUGCUGUCGUGCGAAAAAGCAGCGAACGCCAAGGAUCAGGUAUUCCUGCAGGAGUCGCUGCAGGAGACUGCAACCGGCUCCUCCCGAGCAGAGGACUGCCGGCGGCCAGCCAACUGCACCCUCCGGAAGAGGUUCACUUCUUGCACCAUGCUGUCCUUCAAGGAAGGCUCUGACUCAGUGCCUAUGCCACUGAAUCAUCUUCCGGGAUCAACACCGCACGCUGGAGUGGAUCUCCACGGGAAAACCACAGAGCAGCAUCGAAUGGAAGACGAGGACUCGAUACAGGAGACUGCAGUCGGCUCUUCCCGAGAAGAGGACCGCCCGCAGCUAGCCGACUACACCUUCUGCAGAGUUUCACUUCGAGCGCCUGACGUGGCUCCUGUGCUGGAGGCUGCGGAGGAGAGCUCGAUGCUGUCAAGUGAAGAAGUACUGCACCCUGCGGAUCAGGAAGAGCCUGACUCAGUGCCUACGCCACUGAAUCAAUUUCCGGAGUCGCUGGAUCGAACACUGCACACCGGAGUGAAUCUGCUGAGCAGCUCCUUUCUUCCUUUCG